ACUCAUGUCACAUUUUGGCAAAGUUCUCAAGUAUGUGGCCAAAUCAAAAUCAACGAUGGUGGCAUCAUUGAAAGGAUUCGAUUCUGUCAUUUUGUUUGGCAGAACAACAAAGUGUAUCCAGAGAGGUCCAUAUCCUUGCUUCCUCUUCUUGUUGUGUAUCAAUUUUUAACGAUGUUUCGAAGCAAACGGCAACUCUCCUUGUUCUUGGCGUCCUUGUUGCCAUCGGUGGGUCUAGCUUUCUCGGCAUCCAAAAGAAGUCCAGGCUGUGCAGUGUGUCAUCCUCGCGAUAACACGGAAACCAGAAAAAGGUGCUUGGUGGUUGCCACUGCUUCUUCCAAUGAUGACUGGUGGAUGGACGACGAACGGUCAUCCAAUGACAAAUCCAAGAAACUCGAUGUAUCCAAUAAUGACCCCAACAACGAAGCGAGUCCCUUCUUGAAAGGAGAAGAACUGAAGCAACUUCGGUCCGAUUUGGAAUAUUACCGUGAAAACUUGAAAUGGGCCGAAGUAACGGACGACAAGAGUCGCGUUGCUUCCUUGAGAAAAGAAAUUGAGGAGCAGGAAAAGAAAGAUCCAGAGGCUGUCUACAACAAGGCCCGAAAGCUGAUCGCAGAGGCAGAGACCGUAUCACGCGCUGUGCUCAAACCGGAUUUGAAGAAAAAGCUCAUUGAUCAUUGGUCGAAACAAAAGACAUUGGCCCAGGCAUGUCUUCCGCGCUUUCAAAUGGAAGGAUUGUGGGUUGGAAAUUAUGGAGGAGGCCCUCAACUAGUCAAUAUCACUUACGCUGAUGAUACCCUUGUGGCGACAAAAGUCACGGGCGAUGACACUGUACCACGAGGUGAAGUCUCGUUUACCGCCAACCUGAGCCCACCACCUCUGAACGCUACAGAGGAAUCCGACGCGGCGAGCGAGUAUACCAGCUCAUCUCCACCCGUGUCCGAAGAGCAUACGAUUCUUCAAAGCAAAUAUGGCGAAUCCAUCUUUCCAGGACAGGGACAAUUGGCCAAGAAAAACUUUCAGGAUGCCAAGUUCAUCUCGGGUGUCUUCAUUGUCUAUGACGCACAUCGCUUCAGCUUUUCCUGGGUCCCAACGAAGCAUCACGUGUUUUUUGUCCGACCCAGCCCUCACGAAACUAUUCGUCUCCUUCGAGAUGUACUCUCACAAGAAGAUGAAGUUGACAAUAUGAGGUAUCAUCUUAGUCGCUGUUUUGAAAUCGACAUGACCACCUCCAUUGCACGGGAGCAUCAGCGGGGUGAUGACGAUGAUGAUUCCGUGGAUACAUUCAAACGAAUCCAUCGCCAGAAAGAAUUGGAAAUGUUGAACGACAUGUCCCGUGAAGGCGACCAAGGCAGCGUGUUCAAGUUUUGGAGGGCCAACAAGUGGAGGAAGUACAUUGAUAGAGUCCUUGGAAUGGACGAUGAUUUGCAAUAAAGUGGAACGGCUGAGAUCCCGGAAAAAGACCCCAAAUACGGAACGAAGUGAACCCGCAAGACAUAUGCGAGCAUCAGGCAACCUUCAGUUCAUUACAUAUUUCUCUACCAUGCUAAGACAAACAAUUUUGAAGCCUUGAAAAC